UUGAGAAUCAAACUCCUUUAGUCAGAUACCAGGGAGCUGACUCUUGCAAGCGUACCUCCUGAAAAUCUGGUUGGUCUCUAACGUACAAUUGGAUUGGAAUCCCGCUAAAGAAAGGCGUGCUCCUAAGCAUGAACAGAGACCCUUUGGAAGUUAAACUAGGGGUGUGGGCAGGAGGUAGUUGCAAAUUUCCUGCAUGUGUGAGGAGCUGGGCUUGAUGACCUUGAAGGUCCCUUCCAACUCUGUGUUUCUAUGCUCUAUUCUUCUCCAUUUUCUCCUCACAACAACCCUGUGAGGUAGAUUAGUCAUUCUUCCUCUCUUUAAAAAUGGCAGACUCUUAUCUGAUGAACUGGGUUUGUUCCCUGCUCCCGCACAUGAAGCCUGCUGGGCGAUUUUGGGUUCCUUUAGGACCCAUUUAAGGGGGGGGGGGGCGGAACUUGUAUUAGUAUGUAUUGUUGAAGGGUUUCACGGCCGGAAUCACUGUGGUGCUGUGUGGUUUCCGGGCUGUAUUAGUACCAUUUUUAAAAGAACGCAUUAAAGGUUACUCGAAUGAAUCUGUGCAGCUCCUGGCACACGAACAAACGCAGCAGCCAUUGUGGGGGUUUCCUCUUGGCAGGCUCCGAGGAAGAAAAGGCUGUCCUGGAAAAGGUGAAACUCCGGAAGGCCUACCCCCCGGCAGAGGCGGAGGAGGGCUUGAAGGUCAGGAUCAAAGUCUCCGAGGGGAUGAACAACGGGUGUGACUUUGACAUCUUUGCUGUUGUCAACAACAACGCGGACAGGGAGCGGACGUGCCGGCUGAUGUUUGGGGCCCGGGUGGCCAGCUACAACGGGACUCUGGGGCCGGAGUGCGGCAGCAAAGACCUGCUGAACGUCUCCUUGCCACCAUACGCAGAGAAGUCCGUCCCACUGCGCAUCCUUUACGAGAAGUAUGGCGGAUGCUUAACACAGGACAACAUGAUCAAGGCGAUGGCCGUCCUGCAGGACUACGAGACCAGAGAGAUCGUGCUCGGCGUCCGAAACAUCUACGUGAAAAACCCAGAUAUCAGAAUCAGGAUCUUAGGGGAACCAGCUCAGAAUCGCAAACUGGUGGCUGAGCUCACCCUGACCAACCCCCUCCCCAGCCCCCUGAGUGGCUGUGUCUUCACCAUGGAAGGUGCCGGUCUCACAAGAGGGCAGAAGACCCAGGAACUCGACAGCCCCGUCGAGCCGGGAGAGGAGGCCAAAGUGAGGAUGGACUUCGUGCCCCAGCAGUCCGGCCUGAGGAAGCUGGUGGUGGACUUCGAGAGCGACAAGCUGACGGGCGUGAAGGGCUACCGGAACGUCAUCAUCGCCCCCGUCUCUCAGUGAAGCCCGCCUUGAAGCAGAGGAGGCUGCUUAUCUAGCAAUACUUUAAUCGGCUACUCUGCAAGAGGGACGGUCGUAGCAGCCGAGUUGCCCCUGCUUUGACCUUCAGCUGCUGGAGAUUUGCCAGUGUGCUCCUUUUUCUCCUCCCAUUGUAUGCUCCGAGAGAGAGAGAGAGGCUGGUGCAAUGGGAAAGCCAUAACUGGACUCCUGUGCACCUUCCUCCCACGCCCCCCUUACAAAAGAGGAUCCUCAAAGCCACCCAUGUCCUCUGUUACUCUACCACGGUCCUCGUCCCCUGCAGGAGUCUUCUGCUGCUCACGCCCACGACCAGACAUUGACCCACAUCCCACACACUACCCAUGUGCCAUUUUCUUUUCUAAGUGUUCUUCAGGAAGUGGUAACUUGCAAGAUGGUGGCGCCCCAUCACUGGCAGAAUUAUUUAGUAGCAAGUGGACUGUUCCACUUCAGUCUACUGGGGAGGGGAGGUGACCUGCUCCCUGCUGGGCUAGCUGCCG